GUGGCUUACUGGAAGCGGAUUUGUUCACUUGGGGGGAUCUUUCCCGGUAGACUCCGGUUUGUUAUCAAGGACAAUCCAGACGUGGUUCAUCAUGGCCUUGUCAAAGAGGGGCAAAGAUGAAGAAACGUUCUACAGAGGCUGGGAGGAGGAGGAGGCUCUGAAAGGCUGGGUUCAGCCCGUGGCAGGAGACGAGAGCAAGGCGGCCUGCCGCUUCUGUGAAUGCGAGAUGCGUGCUGACUACACUGACCUCCAACAGCAUGCAGCCACCGCCGAACAUCGAAAUCGUGCGCCCCUGGGCAGUUCUGUGCCCCUUGCUAAUGAGGGGGUUUGUGCUUCUAACGGUUCUGGUAGUGCAACCACCUUGUUCAAGAGGACAGAGGCAUCGCACUCCUCUACUUCAUCACCAGAGACAGAAGAUGGAGAGACAGAUGAGAUCAUGGUGGGCAACGGAGUGGGGAAUUCAGACGCAGCUUUUCGGUUCAGCACAGCGCCCACCUUGGAAGACAUACGAAGGCUCCAGUCUGCCUUUGCAACUGAGCGAGGCUGGGGAAAGUAUCACCAACCUCGAAAUCUGCUCCUUGCCCUAGUCGGGGAGGUUGGAGAAUUGGCAGAGCUCUUCCAAUGGCGGGAAGAAGCCCCCGAGGGCCUCCCAGGGUGGACAGUAUCAGAGCGUGAUGCCCUCUCCGAUGAGCUCAGCGAUGUCCUCAUCUACCUGGUAGCCCUGGCAGACAAAUGCCACGUGGACUUGCCGUCUGCUGCUCGCCGCAAGAUAGAGAAGAACCGGCUCAAGUACCCAGCUGAGAAAGUCUAUGGAUCAUCCAAGAAAUACACGGAGUAUCAGAAAUAAAAGCAACAACGGCUUCUUUCUUUCAUCCAGGAGGCAGGAGACUUCGUGGAAGUGGCCACCUCUAGUCCCAAAUUGCAAGAAUCCAAUGAUGUAGUGACUUAAGGCCUCAUUUGGACAAAGGGUCUGAAACAGUCCUAGCUUCCUUUUAGUCCCCCAAGUUCUUAUUCAAAGGCACUGGUGUGGGUGUGUUGUCUUAUUUCAGGGCUGGGCAACUUGUGGUCAUUCGGAGGUUGUUGAGCAAGAAGUCCCAGCAGCCUUGGCCACGGGGAGCACAAACUGCCCACCCGUGUUCUUUCUCUACCCUCUUUUUAUAGAAGGACCUGUGGCCUCCGGAUGUUGGGCUACAAUUACUAUGAUCCCUGGCCACUUAGUUAUUAAAACUACCCAUAGGAUCGCUUGGUGCUGUUUACCACAACACCAGCGAGGACAUGUGAAUGUGACGUGAUGUCAGUAGAAAUAAAUGUGUUCCUGAAUAAACUCAUCAGAUGGGGCCUGUAUGGGAGUGUUUGUCUGGAGAUGGAUCAGUGGGUCUAGCAGCAUAGAUGCCCCUACAUUUGGAGAACAGUAUUUGGUGAUCGAUGAAGUGUGGGAGUGCAGAUGUACAGAAAUGAUUUGGGAGCCAUCUGGAAGCUAGUUCUCAUAAAACAGAUUUUAUUUUUGUUGA